AUGGAUUACUCCCGGAGCUGGCUCCAGAAGCUGCAGCCGCGGGACAAGGACAGGGAGCGGGGCGCCAAGGCGCCGGCAUCGCCCAACGGCGGCGGCGGCGGCUCCACGAGGAUGGCCGCCCCGGCGGCGGGGGAGGAGGAGGCGCUGUCUAGCGCCACCAAGCAGAAGGUGGCGGCGGCCAAGCAGUACAUCGAGAACCACUACAAGUCGCAGAUGAAGUCGCUCCAGGAGCGCAAGGAGAGGCGUUGGAUGUUGGAGAGGAAGCUAGCAGAUGCAGAUGUAUCUGAAGAGGAGCAAAACAUUAUCCUGAAAGAUUUAGAAAAAAAGGAGACAGAAUACAUGCGCCUACGAAGGCAUAAAAUGGGCGUUGAUGACUUUGAAUUACUCACCAUUAUUGGGAGAGGUGCAUUUGGGGAGGUGAGACUUUGUAGAGAAAAAGCUACAUCCAAUGUGUAUGCAAUGAAAAAGCUUAAGAAGUCUGAAAUGUUACGAAGAGGACAGGUUGAACAUGUGAGAGCCGAAAGGAACCUCCUUGCAGAGGUUGAUAGUGCUUAUAUUGUUAAGCUGUACUGCUCAUUUCAAGAUGAUGAGUUUCUGUACCUCAUUAUGGAGUACCUUCCUGGUGGUGACAUGAUGACUUUACUCAUGCGCAAGGACACACUGACUGAGGAUGAAUCUAAGUUUUACAUUGCAGAGACAAUACUAGCAAUUGAAUCCAUUCACAAGCAUAGUUAUAUUCAUAGGGAUAUCAAGCCUGACAAUUUGUUGCUAGACCGAAGUGGCCACUUGAAGCUUUCAGAUUUCGGCUUAUGUAAACCUCUAGAUAGCAGUAGCUUCCCAAAUCUGAGUGACCUUGACUAUGCAGCAGGUAAGAGCACCAAUCCAUCAUCAGAUGGUGAUAAGCAAUCCAGUAACUCUACUGCCCCCAGGCGGACACAACAGGAACAACUACUACAUUGGCAGAAGAAUCGGAGGAUGUUGGCUUACUCUACUGUUGGUACACCUGAUUACAUUGCACCCGAGGUACUUUUGAAGAAAGGAUAUGGAAUGGAAUGUGACUGGUGGUCACUUGGUGCAAUAAUGUUCGAAAUGCUUGUGGGGUAUCCACCAUUUUAUUCUGAAGACCCAAUGUCAACAUGUAGGAAGAUAGUGAAUUGGAGAAGUCAUCUAAAAUUCCCUGAAGAGGCCAGACUUUCACUAGAAGCUAAAGAUCUCAUUAGCAAGCUAUUGUGUAAUGUGGAUCAGAGACUUGGAACAAAAGGUGCACAUGAGAUAAAGGCACAUCCAUGGUUUGGAGGUGUUGAGUGGGAGAAACUAUAUCAGAUGGAAGCAGCUUUCAUUCCUGAGGUUAAUGACGAGUUGGACACACAAAACUUUGAAAAAUUUGAGGAGACUGCUCCUCCAAUGCAAACUUCAUCAAAGGCGGGUCCUUGGAGAAAGAUGCUUUCCUCCAAGGACGUGAACUUUGUUGGUUAUACCUACAAGAACUUUGAAAUUGUGAAUGAUCCUGAACUUCCAGGAAUUGCUGAGCUGAAGAAAAAGAACAAGCCAAAGCGACCAACCAUCAAAUCGUUAUUUGAGACUGCUGAUAGUGAAGAUCAGCCUUCUGAUGGCAGUUUUUUGAACCUAUUACCCACACAAUUGGAGCUGCCUGAGAGCCUUGAGCCCUCCCCUCACUCCAGUAUCUCUUCUGAGGAUUCCCAAGCACGGAAUAGGUAG